CUCCUGGGGGCUCCCUUCCUUGCCUAGUUGCCUUGCCUUCCCUCCGAGGCGGAGGCUCCCAUGUCGACGGGCUCCCAGAGCGAUGCCGAGGACCUUCCCGAGGGGGCUGCCGAGCGCCGGCUGAGCGGCAUGGACCCGGACCCCGGCCCCGCUCCCGCUCCUCCUCCCCCGACGGAGGGCCCGGGGCUGGGCUCCCUGGAGCGGCGGAGGGCGCGGGGCCCGCCGGGGAAGGGCCGGAGGAGGGGCCCCGGCGGGAAGCCUGGCCUCGGGGCUCCGUCCUCCUCCUCCUCCUCCUCCUCGCCGCCCUCGGAGGGCGGGAAGCAGGUGCAGCGGCACGCGGCCAACGCGCGGGAGAGGGCGCGGAUGCGGGUGCUGAGCAAGGCCUUCUCCCGGCUGAAGACCACGCUGCCCUGGGUGCCCCCCGACACCAAGCUCUCCAAGCUGGACACCCUCCGCCUGGCCUCCAGCUACAUCGCCCACCUCCGGCAGCUCCUGGCCAGCGACAAGCACGAGGCCCACGGCGCCUACAGCCACCCCAUCAGCCUG